AUUAUUUAUUGAAAUAUGAGUUGUUGUUGCGACUGUAAACUCAACACUAAUGUCAUAAAAAUUCAAGGUAGUUUAAGGACAGCCUCCUUCGACAUUCUAAUGGUACGCAUUGCUCUGUGUGUACUAGGUAUGCAACUCUAGUAUCUGCAUGCUAUGUUGCUGUUUUGGGUACUGCAAUACAUAUAAACAUGGCUGAUCGAGAUUAUGAUAUGGGCCCAGCUACAGAAAUGAUGGUAAAUGAUUUUGACGAUGAACGGACUUUAGACGAAGAAGAAGCUUUAGAAGGUAGUGAAGAUUCUCACAACGAGUUGUCCAACUUGCAAAAGGAAGGUGAUAUGCCACUAAAAGAUCUGCUUGCAAUGUAUGGAUACGGGGAUCCGUCAACAGAAAAUUCAAACAGUUCUGAUCGAAUGUUAAUCCCAUCUGGAAGCGGGGAUCCAGAAGCUGAGGGGCAAUAUUCGGAUAAGGGUGAGAAUGACGCGGAUGACGACGAUGACGACGAUGAAGCGGACGCGACUAGUAACGAGCCGGAUCUCAAACAGUUUUAUACCGAAAUGUUGGUAAAAGGGAAGGAUUCAACGUCGUUGGUGUCAGGACCAGCGAUGAAAGGAAAUAAUGCCAGUAGCGUAGGUACUGGAGACAAUAGUAGACGACACAGAAUUCAUGACGACGACGAUGACGAUGAAGAAGGCGAAACCGAAGAAUGUUCGAUGAUCGAUAAUUGUAGUAACACUGAGAACGUAAGGACGUCUGCUGCGAUGGGUGGUAGUGGUACCGCUAAAUGUAGCGGUAUAAGCGGACUUAGUGGCGGCACAGCGGACGAUAACGUUGUUACUGGAAUAGAAGGUGCCGGCGGAGAGAGCACAGUAGACGGUGGAGAAGACGGAAUAGUCAGCAGCGGUAUAGGUAGUGGUACUUCAAGACUAUUACGAAGCGUUUCACGACCACAGAGCGAAGAAGAAGAGGACGAUUGCGAUUACAGUCCCGACGAAGAAGAAUGGAAGAAGACAAUCAUGGUCGGUAGCGAUUACCAAGCAGCUAUACCAGAAGGUUUGUGUCGUUAUGACGAUGCUCUACCGUACGAAAAUGAAGAUAAAAUGUUAUGGGAUCCCAGUCAUAUACCUGAAGAAGAAACCGAGGAAUUUUUGGAACGGGCCCAGUUACCGGCAGUAAAAGGUGGUUCUCUGCCAACAGGAUCUCACAUCAGAGAUGACGAACAAGCAUUAUAUCUCCUGUUACAAUGUGGUUAUAAUCUUGAAGAAGCAUUAAGAAGACGUAGAAUGAACGUCGUACCACCAACAGAUGCUGUUAGCCUUUGGUCGGAAGAAGAAUGCCAUAAUUUUGAAUCUGGAUUACGGAGUUAUGGAAAGGAUUUUCAUCUUAUACAGAAGAAUAAGGUGAGAACGCGGUCUGUCGGGGAAUUAGUGCAAUUUUAUUACCUGUGGAAGAAGACGGAACGCCAUGAUAUAUUUACGUACAAGGCUCGAUUAGAAAAGAAAAAAUAUGCUUUGCAUCCUGGCAUCACCAGGGACUAUAUGGACCGAUUUCUGGAGGAACAAGAGGGUGUACGAGAUCGUAGCAGUUCACCGAAUGUUCAUUGCUUACUGUACGGUGAUGCGAAGCGACAGAGAUCAACUGUUAACGCCGUGAGUAACGACGAAUCAAAAUCUGCUGAACUAUGGGACAACAGUGCAGCGGUUGAUCCCUUAGCGGAUCUGAAUGGACCAACGCCUGCGCCUCCACCACCACCGCCACCACCACCAUCAGCACCACCACUACCACCACCACCUCCACCCCCACCUCCCCCACCUCCGUCAUCAGCGGGAAGUGUCACCGUACCACCGUCAGGUUCAAUUGCAACUACGUUGCCAACUCCUGUAUGCUGUACCCCGCCAACUCGUCACUCGGAUUGUUCACCGUCCGACACUAGCUGCGCUAGUCCGCAUGCCUGGUCCUCGUUGACGUCUCGAAGUCACUCUACCUCUUCCAUCGUAACGACGAUCACUAUCAACACGACAACAGCCAGCGCCGUUCCAAUGGUUACGACUGCUGGAGUUACGAGUACAGUCACGACAAGUUCAAUCGUCACUUCUGUCACCUCCAAUAAUUUUUACCACGCGCGAGUUACGUCGAGAAGUAACGAUUCGCACGACACACCCUCACCAGAGAACAUUUUACCUCAUUUACCUCCUUAGCGUCGAAUUUGUUUGCGCGACGCAUUCAAGUCGCUG